AUGUUGAAAAAAAAGAAAAGAGAGAGAGAUAGAGAGAGGGGGAGCCCCGAAACUGGCACGACACCGAGCGCGAUGGCGGUUCGGCGAACGCUCGACCGAACAGGUCCGAGCGCGCGUUCGUUCGCAGGCGCGUUCGCCGCGGACCACCGGGCAUCCGGCGGCGCGUCGUCACAUCUAGUUUUUGUGGAGAGCCCAUGUAGGAAGGAAGCCGCCGCGGGCGGUCCUAGCCCCAUGGGGCACGCGUACACAAAACAUUUCGUGAUCCAUAAAGACAAAAGGAAAAUUAAAAUCUGUAAAGCUCUUGGGACGGGCCGAGCUCUCCUGCGCGGCCGAGUUGCCCGCACGAGGCGGGGGCGCGAUGCCGUUUGCCGCCAAAUUGGAGUGCCGUUUAAUGUUGCCAAGUUGAUAGGUUUACGUGUGGAGUGGGCGCGGAUUAGAUGGCGCGGGAGUGCGCGCGUGUCUGCGAGGUGCGGCGGCGGCUUAGCCGGGACGCCCCCUGGGCCACGGCAGCUGAGGCCUGAGCGCCCUCAAACGCCGGGCCCGAAUCCGCGCGGCGCCGCGGUAUCGACGACGGCGCAACGCCAUGCCUCAUCGGGCGCGUUGCGA